UCUUAGCGAUUUAUGCUUACUUGUUGUAUAGUGGCGCUCCCAUGCGUCACCCUUGCACGUAUUUUAGAGAUAUGUAAAAAAAAAAAUGUCACUGUCACUAAGUCACCUGUCAUGAUUCAUGACUUUUCCGGCGCUUAGACUCGAGCUACUCAUUCCGUGUUUUCGUGCCGAACCCUUCGCACGUUCGCAACUUACCUACGGUCAACGGUGUGGAGCUUUCAACAUGGGGAAGAAGCGUUGGAGUCCGGAUAGCGGAGAAAAUAUUCGAAGAAAAAUGGGACGACAAAUCGAUUCAUCCUCGUCAGAUAUCAGACCAAAUCGUGAUGAUCCUGUUCAAGAAGUUGAUCGCACGCAGACCAUAUGGCCCUUACUCCUGGAGGAAUACGCGCCGGUGCUGAAUCUCACACCUGCGGUCGCCCCAACGUCGUUGAAAUCGGCACCAUCUACGGGGCGUGAUGGCGAUCAGCCGCAGGAACAGACGAAUGACGGGACACCAGCACGAGCGCCGUCCCGCCUGCCGCAGCGCCGACACGCCGCCACGAGCGAGCGCCUCGGAAGCCCACCGGCCUGCGCCUCAGCCGCCCCGCCGCGCCGGGCCGCCGCAGACAACUCGAGCGCAGACGCGCAAGCCAGCCUAUCGUUAAUUAUUUAUUGAGGUACCCUACUACGCAGGCCGAUUACGUUAUUCUAUGACGAGUGGUGUAUUACACUUUUACUAUCCGGUAUAAGAUACCGUUUAAAUCGAAACCUGUAAAAAAUGUAACCCCGUGCUAUAAUUAUAAUUAUUAGUGUCUGUUUUUGAUAUUAGUAGCUUAAUUGAGACCAAAGCAAUCGAGAGGUGUACCUACUCCCCUUGCAGAUUAUUUUUUGACUCCUAAGCUAUGUUCUUAGAUAAUACCGAAACCUAGAUCGGUGACAAAAUAUUCAUACUAAAAUUGAAAAUUUAAACUCUACAUAAAGCUGUGGACACU